GCGACGUGCGCGUUUCAACUUGACGAGCGUUUUUCGAGUGCACACACAAACGAAAACUUACGAAAAAACGACGGAAAUGAAGUUGGCUAAGAACUGCUCCACCUACUUUCUGAUAUGCCUGGUUCUACUUGCCUGCUGUAUGCAGGAAACGGAAGCCACGCGACGCGUGAAUCGUGGACGUCGGACACUUACGCGUCGAUAUUUCAAUGGCUUGGCAAUACCCGGCUGGGCGCUGAUCGUAUGCGUGGCCGUUGCUGAGCUUCUUGUGGGCGGUGCUUUGUAUUUCGUAUUGUACAAAGUUAUAUUGACAAAGGAGUCGGAUCAGGCAGCAACAUAUACGCCGGCAAAGACGCACGAGACAGCAGCAUUAACGCCUCCACCUUCACAUGCCACCGAAAUUGCCUAAGACGAGGAAGGGCUAUGAGGAAGUGAGCAACAACAGUUGUGCCCUUCUUUUUCAAACUAAUGUGUAGCUUAGUAUUUUAUUCAUAGACAUGUUCCAUUAUGCCCUUUGUUGUUCGCUUCGAAUACAUUUUUGUUACAAAUUAAAUCAAAACUAAUUCGGUAGAAGAUUUUUAAA